CCUUCUGUCUUUCAGAUUUCGACCCUUCCCUGGGAAUGAUGACGGGCAUCCCGCCGCUUAACCCGCUGAUGCCCGGCUUGGGAAUCGUGCCACCGCCCAUCCUGUCCGAUAUGCCGAUGGCCAAGGAGAUCGUCCACUGUAAAAGCUGCACGCUCUUUCCACCUAAUCCGAAUCUUCCUCCGCCCACGACAAGGGAGAGGCCUCCUGGGUGCAAGACGGUGUUUGUUGGGGGGCUGCCAGAAAAUGGGACGGAAGAGACCAUCGUGGAGAUUUUUGAGAAGUGCGGAGAGAUCAUCGCUCUUCGGAAGAGUAAAAAGCAUUUCUGCCAUAUCCGUUUUGCCGAAGAAUAUAUGGUGGAUAAAGCAGUUUAUCUGUCAG